AUGCGCGAGGCCAAUUUCAGCAUCCCCAGCGCGAACAAGGCGUCGGUAGGCAUCACGCCUGCUCUCUACGACCGCCGCGCCCUCGACUGCACCUCGACCCUCCCCUUGAUCAACUCUCUCAACAAUCUCACCUACCUGACUACGUCAUCCGCACGCAUCCGAGACAUUCUCACAGUAGACGGCGGCGUUGAACGUCUAGUCUGCAUCCUGAAAGAAGGCAGGAGCAAAGAUGCUAUGGAGAGUUGGAAAUGGAACCUGGCUUUCCAGUGUGUCUUCAACAUCGGUGUCAGGGGCUCCGAAGCAGUAAGAACACGAGUUGUCGAAGCCGACAUGGUGCCCGUGGUGGCCACUCUUCUCGACAACUACAUCCGUGCUAUGGAGAAGCUGAAGAAGAGAGCCGAUGAGGACGCAAGACGCACUCCGGUCAACUUCACCGCCUUCCCCCUUCAGAGCCCUACACGCUCAAGUCGUCCCCCUUACCAAUCCAGAUCAGAACGCACACCUCGGAGAUCAGUACCGCCACCAAUCGACAUCGCUGCUACUGACGACCAGCCUAUGGCCGACCCGCAACCGCCGUUACGCAAUCCUAGACUCGACUUUAGUCGUCACACUCCGAUGCACGACAUUCGUCCACAAUCAUCUCCGCAGAUUCGUUCAGAGCAGGCUUCACGCCAGACGCUACGUCCCGUUCGGGAUGCCGACCGUCUGCCCUCGAUGCUGCCUAACCUGAACGCAGAGUUGAGCUCACAACCCCAGUCGCCAACCACGCCGAGUGCGACUGCUCCGGCUAGUCCUCGUUCUGCCGCAAGCCUCGGACGCAGAAGACCAUCCAUUCGUCAUCAGCUAUCCAUCUCUGGCAACUGGGAGGACGAGCAGAGCGACGAUGCCGUCCAGGACACUUCUGACACAGCUGAAACAUCACCCGAACCCAUGGUCGACAUUCAGAACGACAUCUCCAUGCAGGACAUUGUCACCGAUGAGACCAUGCUCGAAGGCAGCGUGACCCCUGUAGCUCUAGGUGUACCCGCCGUUGAUGUGUCUGAUUCGGACGCUUUCCUCAGGCACGCAUCAGUGCAAGAUGGCAGCAUCAACAACCAAACCCCAACGCAAGCUCAACCCGGCUUCGCACCGCCCCAGCAACUUCCAUCCGUCGAUAUUGUUAACGCUACUCCACCAGCACUCAUGGCCCCCCGUGCUGGUGCCCCCUUCGUCUCGGCGCCAGCUCCUCUUGCCGCCGCUCUACCUCGUGAUGAAGAUGUCAUCAUGUCUCUCCAACUGCUCGCCUAUGUUUCGAAAUACUGUAACCUUCGUUCAUACUUCCAGGCUUCACAUCUAGUCCCUCGCCUCAACAUUGACUCCGAACUACGCACGCUGGAUGCUGAUUACGAUCCCUCAGUCCCAUUCACAGGUCCUUCUCAGGAGGAGCUUGAAGAGGCAUGGGACAAUGAGUUUGUGGAACAACCGGCUUACAACAUCUUCCCCUUGAUUGAGAAGUUUACUGUGCGAUGCUCAAGCUCACGUCAGUCUCUGCUACCGACAUCGGCACAGCAAAGCGAGACGAUGCAAUAUUGGGCAGGUGUUGUCAUGCGUAAUCUCUGCCGCAAAGACGAAAGCCGAGGAGGCAUCCGUCAGUGCGCGUACUGGAAGUGUGGCAAGUGGGAAGAGUACACACGGCAAUUUGCUAAAUGCAGACGCUGCCGACGCACCAAGUACUGUAGUAAAGAGUGCCAAAAGGGAGCUUGGGGCAGUCAUCGCUUCUGGUGCGUAGCAGCCGAAGAGGGCAAAGAAGGAGAGAACUCCCGGCAUCAUCACCACCACGCGCACGCGCACUCGCAUACGCAUCAGCGUUCCCACCAUCACGCACAGGGCGAAGGAGCAACCCCAGCAACAGCACCUGCGGCCUCGCGAGGCGAAUCAUCGCGCUCUCGAGCGCAUCAUUCUUGA